UUCUGUCGUUCCCCGAAACCCUGUCACUCGCUUGUUAUCAUGGUUUCCACUCGACUCCUCGCCAGCACCCUGGCCCUGCUCGCUGCCAGCGGUGUCAGCGCUGGGCCAUGCCGCCCUUCCACCACCUCGACGCUGUCUACGGUUGUCUCUGAGACCACCUCUGCCAGUUCAGCCAGUGAGACGACCACCGUCUCUGUGGCCACGACUGAGACGGCUUCCUCGACCAUCUCGACCGGCACUUCGCUGGCCUCUACCCUUACCGAGACGGUCUCAACUGAUUCAUCCGUCGCUGUGUCUACCACCACCACCGCCUCCACUGAGACCUCCGCCUCAUCUACCGAGUCUACCACCGCAUCGGCCUCCGCGACACAGCCUCCGCAGUGGUGUUCCGUCGACGCCGACUGCAUCACAGCCGGGGACAUCUGCAUUGAUGCUGUCUGCGCUCCUGGUCCAAGCCCCAAUGAGUGCACCACCGACGCCGACUGCGACGGAGCCACGCCCUUCUGCGACGCUGGUACUUGCGUCGCAUUCGACCCAAACUCUGAGUGCAGCACCAAUGCCGACUGCCAGGCUUUGAACGGGGGUGCUAAUCCCUUCUGCGAUGCUGGUACCUGCGUUGCUACUGAUCCGAACGCCAGUUCGUGCUCUACUGAUUCCGACUGUCCCCCUGGGACGUGGUGUAUAUCCGGCGGCUGCGUCGCUUAA